AUGCCUGCCUUUUCGUAUGCACAGGCUGCAAAGGGCCUCACCAGUUCGCCCUCUGAUACCAAACAGAACAAGCCAGACACCGGCGUCAAUACUCCUGAGGAGAACGUCGCAGACCGGACAGCAGCCACAGCUACUGCUACCGCGGCAGAUCAAUCGUCUACCCAGCAGAGCUCUGAAUUAAAAAAUGGACCAGCGUCCGUCGACGAAGACGUCCAGGUCCCCGCAAAGACCACCGUCUCCGAGCGCCCGUCGCCUAGCCUGGGACCCUCAACUACCUCUACGCUAGCCAAGGAGGACGAGAUCUCCAUCACUCCCAAUGGCACCGCAUCAGAGUCUGAGUGGGAGAAACAGUCCCAGGUGUCCACCGCCGCAGAGAAGGAGAAAACCAGCCAGGCCGGAGAUGACGACAAGGCCAAGUCUGAGGCCAGCUGGGAGAACGUUACUCCCCCGCCAAAGGAGCUGAAGGCUGCUCCACUACCGCCGGUCAACAUCUGGCAGCAACGACAGGAGGCCCAGGAGGCCAAGGCCAAGGCCAAUGCGCUGUUGAAGCCAGCGGUGACCCCCGUUACGACAUCGAAGGGUUCUACACCUAGCUCUACCCCUCAGUCCUCCGGUGACGUGAGGUCAGAACAUUACGGCAAGGGUGGUAACAGGAAGAAGGCCUCCGAGGCCACUGCUAAUGCUACUGACGCAUCUGCCAACGGACGUGAUAAGAAGAAGUCAAGUGAUGGUUCAAGGAAAAGUGGUGUCCGAUCCAACCGUGGCGCAGAGACUGGCGAAGCUCUCCCACCAGUCAACGAUGCUUCGUCGUGGCCAACUCCUCAGAUAGCGCAGGGUGAGGACUUGCGCAAAUCACAGGAACAGACAGACAAGCCGGAAAAGGUUGAAAAGGAGAAACACUCCGGCUCCCGAGCUCACGGAAAGGAAAAGUGGAUGCCCGUUCCAUAUGUUCCUACCGCUGUUUUUAACACUCCAUUGCCCCCCGCGGCCAGGAGAGGUGGGCGAAGUGCUCGAGGCAGCACUAGAGAGGGAGGAUCUCGGGGUGCAGGUCACACUGGUGGUGACAGAACUACUCCUACUUCCGGAUCCAAGGCCUCUUCUGCCGGAGACCGCGAGAAGAGCGACGUGCCAGAGACUCAAAAGGGCGCUGCCUCUGAUGCUAGCCUGAAAAAUGGCGAUGUUACCGAGAAGCACAGCUCUGCUGCUACCAACUCUGUUUCGACGGAAGCUCAGAAGGACGCCAAGUCUACCCAGGAUAGCAGCAGUAACACUCCUGCUGCUGCGAAUACCUCGGAAGGGAACACUCAGCAUUCUCAUCCUACCUCCUCUCAGUCCCCUACCCGUGCUCGUCAGGAGUCCAAGUCUUAUCAUAAAUCGCACGAGUCCAGCAAUACGUCGGCGUUUAAGGGUGCAGAGCAGCACGGCACCAAUGCCUCGCGACAGGUCAGCUCGUCGACCGACGCUGCCCAUGCUGGCCAUGCUCGAUAUGGCGUUAGCCAUGAUAGACGAUUCGAGAUGGGUUCUCGAUCUGGAGAGUUCUUCAAGGAUUCCAGCUUCCCUCCUAGAGAUAGGGAGUUCGUGAAAGACCGUGAGUUUACGAGGGAUGGCAGAGACUAUCAGCGUUCCGAAUAUUCGACUAGAGAGCGCGAGUCGCGACCUGAGAGAGGUCGCGGUGGUUACCGUGGUGGACGAGGCGGUCAUUCCACCUACACCAGCGCUACAACCAGCACUCAGAACCCAUCUUACCACUCUGCUCCUAUCUCCCAGCACCCCUUUCCUCCUACCAAGAACUUCAACUUUACCGAACGCCAUCGUCUACAGCCUAGCACCAACGGCUCUCAGCCACCACAGCCACAGCACAGCUCUUCCAACAACAGGAUGAACAUGCGUUCUCCCUCCAUGCCCAACCCAGGCAUGUUCGCAGCCGCUCCUUAUGCCAUUCAAACAGAUCUCAACGUCAUGUAUCCUUACCCGCAAACCGCCGCCCCUCAGGGCCCCAUGACCGCCAUGCCAUACCAACCAUACAUGGAGAACUUCUCCCUCAUGAGCAUGAUUUCCAUGCAACUCGAAUACUACUUCUCCGUCGACAACCUGUGCAAAGACCUUUUCCUCCGCAAACACAUGGACUCCCAGGGCUUCGUGCUUCUUAGCGUCAUCGCAUCCUUCAAGCGCAUCAAGUCGCUCACUGAAGAUAUUGAGCUGCUGCGCUUCGUAUGUCGCCAAUUGAGAAAUGUCGAGUAUAGGCCUAGUGAUGACGGCGUGGAUAGGCUGCGUAAACGCGAAGGAUGGCAGCAAUGGGUGCUUGGUAUGGAUAUGCGCGAUAGUUCAGCGCAGAAUGAUGGUCCUCUCAUUGCGUCUGCAGAGGAGUAUGUCCCCAUGGCUUCCGCACCACCACAUAUGAAUGGCAACGGAACGUAUAACAGCUUCAUUCCAACUGCCGAUUUGGUGUCAGCGGAAGAGGCACCGAAGCGUCAAGCAAAGCUUUCCUCGGCCGCGCCGGAGUUUUCGCCGCUUGCAUCUAACGGAGCGGGAUCCUUUGAACCAACCACGUUUACCGAUGGUCAGGUUGAUAACUUUGUCGCUGUGGUACGUUGA